AUAUACUUGAGAAGGGAAGAUAUGUCUAGAGAGAGAGUCUCCCUUCUCUCUAACCCCCCAACCAGAGCUACACCAGCACCGACCUCCUUACCACCAGCACCCCCUGCCGCAGAACUCACCACCGUCCAGCAACCCUCCAGCAAAACCGCCCUCAACCAAACAGUUUCACUUGCCGCUGCAGAUAAGCCACCUGCGCUCUCAACAACAACCGCAGCUCCAGCAAUCGACAGUACUCUCAACCGUGAGAAGAACCAUGCCAAACCGAAUUCAUUGAGGACCGGCAACCAGAAACUCGUCACUACUCCGGCCAACAUUCAGCUGAGGACAAAAGGUAUCUUUCCCAGGUCUUUUGCAGAUGCAGUCGCAGGACCUGCACCAGGCGUAGCUAACCUAUCAUUUCAAGACCUCUGUAAGAACAAAACCCCUACGACUUCUUCGCUGAAUGCAGAAACCCAGAACAAUCCCCAAAUCCCUUUCAAGCAACCGGACAGAUUGAAUGGAUUGCCGUCGGUCACCUUCACUCAAGAAGAUGUCUCUACCCUAUCCGGCAAACUUUCUUUUCCUUUGAUAGGCUCGUUCCUCCAUGGAAUACCUAAGAUGGUGGCAAUCUAUGAAGAACGGAUACUUCCCUAGGGUAGCGUAUCGGCGUAUCCGAUACGUUCCCGUAUCUGAUACUCUAGGAUAUCCGUACCGUACGUUUCAGGGCCGUAUCUGCAAUUUUUUAAAAGUUUCCAUUUUUUUUGUAAUUUUUUGAAAGUUUCCGAUACUCGUAUCCUGACGGAUACCCGUAUCAACUUUUAAAAAAAAAAAUCCCAAAAUUUACUUAAUAAAAUUCUUUUAAAAAAAAUGAAAAUCUAAAACUACAUUUUACUUAAUCAAAUAAUGGGCAUAUAUGGCUAUAUCCGAAUUAAGUCAUUAACUCAUACUCCGAAUUGGGUACUUGCACUUUUAAUUUCAAGAUUGUAGUUGUUUGACUUAUUUCUCAUUUUAAAUUAAUGACUUAUUGAC